UUGUUGUCGUAUGAUUCACACGUUUGUACACUGAGUUGUUUUUAAAUCGGAUUUUUAGUAUAGGUUUUUGUUUCGUUUACAGUAGUACUAAAGACCGACAACACAACAAUGUUGCGACGCUUGCGGAUUAUUUCCGCGGAACUUAGCGCCGAGUGAAAUCGCGGAAAUAACGACUGUCGUGUUACCACGCUUGAGAUCGAGAUUUAAUUUCAACCCUCUAUUAAAUGGUUAUUAUCAGUGCCAUGGAGAGAAGGAUAAAACUGAAGACACUAAACAGUCACAUAACAUGCAAGAUAUGUCGGGGAUAUUUAAUAGACGCUACAACUGUUACGGAAUGUUUGCACACGUUCUGCAAAAGUUGUUUAGUAAAACAUCUGGAAGAGAAACACACCUGUCCAACAUGCCAAAUUGUCAUACAUCAAUCACAUCCGCUUCAGUAUAUCAGCUUUGACAGAACUAUGCAGGAUAUUGUUUACAAAUUAGUUCCUGAUCUCCAAGAAAAUGAAAUCAGAAGAGAAAGAGAAUUUUACAGAGCGAGAGGUUUGCCUUGUCCCAAGGAUAUUUUACCUAAUGCCGGUGAAGUGGAGGAAGAAAAAGCUAAUGCGGACGCACAUGCAGAAUCAGAUUACCAUCGCACUGACGAACAGGUUAAUGUAUGUUUGGAAUGUAUGAACGCUAGUCUGAAGACACUGAAAAGAAAAUUUAUCAGGUGUUCGGCUCAGGCUACAAUAACACAUGUAAAAAAGUUUAUUGCCAAGAAGGUUUUGAAUGGCAUGGAAAAAUAUAGAGAUAUCGAUAUUUUGUGCAAUAACGAGUUAUUAGGUAAGGACCACACAUUGAAAUUUGUUUACGUGACGAGAUGGAGGUUCCGGGACCCACCUUUGAGGUUACAAUAUAGAUCGCACAUAGAUAUGCAAGACUAAUAUAUUGUUUCUAUGUUUCGGGAUAUAUGUACGAAAUAUUUGUUCCAAAACAUUUGUAUAUUUUUCCAGUUUUAUUCCUGUCUCUUAACUGUGUUGUGUAGUACUUAUUUCUAUGUUCGCGCGCUCGAUUUAUUACUCGGUCAGAUCACGAUGCGAUCAUAAGUCAAGAUUGAUUUCUUAUUAAAUUCAAUGUUACGUCGAAUUUGCAUAUUCAACAUUUAUCACUCACAUUCGAGUCGAACACACACACACAGAGAGAGAGAGAGAGAGAGCUAUAUUGUUCUUUCGAUCGUGCUCCGACCGUACAGUGAGAAUCGAUCAUUGUUCGCAAAGCAUUUGUGCAAAGUAUCAAGUCUUCAAACGUUUGUGUCUUAGUCAUGUAGCACUCUAUCGUGUAGUGUAAUAUAUGAGUUAUUUCUCAUAAUCUCUUGCGAGCUUUAGUCACAUAAAUUAUGAGAUUUUAAAGUAUAAAAUCGAUUUAAAGAUAAAGAAAGUUUAAUAGAAAUAUAUAUUUGAAGCUGAGAUGUUAUUAUAUCUUGGAUAUAUA